UGAGCGGAAGCCGUAUGAGCGUGGACCGGAAGUGUCUCGUCCUUUCUGCUCCCGGACCGCCAUCAUGGUGUUCACCCGUUUCGUUGAGAUAGGUCGCGUCGCCUACAUUUCCUUCGGACCCCACGCUGGCAAGCUGGUGGCCAUCGUAGACGUCAUUGAUCAAAAUAGGGCUCUGGUUGAUGGACCCUGCACAGGAGUGAGGAGGCAAUCCAUGCCCUUCAAGUGCAUGCAGCUCACAGACUACGUCAUCAAAGUACCUCACAGCGCCCGCCAGAAGUUUGUGAGGAAGGCCUGGGAGAAGGCUCAAGUCAACGAGAAGUGGGCACAGAGCAGCUGGGCCAAGAAGAUUGAGGCAAAACAGAAGAGGGCCAAGAUGUCUGACUUUGAUCGCUUCAAGGUGAUGAAGGCCAAGAGGAUGAGGAACAAGAUCAUCAAGCACGAGGUGAAGAAGCUCCAGAAGGAGGCAGCGAAGAAAUGAACACUUGUGACAAAAUAAAUUUCUCUUCAGUUGUUA